GUCCCCUCCUCCACCUCCUCUCAUGCUAGCUACUGAACACAAUUUGCCUUUGUUUGUUGUCGUUGUUCUUUCUCUUUCUGUUCUUGUUCCUUAAACUCUUCCUUUAGAAAGUUCCUUAAAAGGGUUAAACAGAAGAAAAAAAAAUGGUGGCUGUGGUUGCCCAGGAAAAUGUUGUGGCAUUGGUUUCUCGUACCGGCAGGGAGUUGCAACGUUAUAGAAAAGGUCGUCGCCAAGUUGUGGGAUGCAUACCGUACAGAUUUAAGAUUGGGCAGAAAACUUCAUUGGACGUUUCUGAUGAAUUGGAAGUUCUGGUUAUCAGUUCUCAGAAGGGAAAAGGGAUGCUAUUUCCGAAGGGAGGUUGGGAAUUGGACGAAUCAAAAAAGGAGGCAGCUUUGAGAGAAACCAUAGAGGAAGCUGGGGUGAGAGGCAUUGUUGGGGGUAAAUUGGGUAAAUGGAGUUUCAAGAGUAAGACUCAUGACACUUUCUAUGAAGGCUACAUGUUCCCUUUACUUGUUCAAGAGCAACUGGAGUUCUGGCCUGAGCAAAAAGUUCGUCAAAGAGUAUGGAUGAGCGUCACCGAAGCAAGGGAUGUUUGUCAACACUGGUGGAUGAAGGAAGCUCUAGACAGAUUAGUAAACCGUCUAGCUGGUCAAAAAGUCGGUCGUGAUAAUAAGCAAGUUCUUGGUUCUAUUAUAAACUGCACAAGAGAUGCCAAAUCUGACUUGUAAAUAGAGUAGUAGUAUCGUGAAGGGUAGAGUUCAACUUCUUUGAGUUUCUCCGACUGGCAUAAAGUUGUGUAGGAUCCAAAAGAAUUGAGCCGAGUCAUAGAAUAUAAAUAAUAUAGUAGUAGUGGUAGUAGAUCUUAUAGAAAUUAGUGAUUCCCCAGUUUUUUUUUAUCCAAAGAAAAGGAAUUUACAUCUGUUUGUGGGAAUUCACCUUAUCUGUAUUAAUGAGAGACUUGUGGAUAUCCAUUAGUCCACAAUGGAAUUGCUUGGUUUUUCAAGCAACAAUCGAUAAGGCUGCGUUGAGAAGAAAAAGAAAAAUGAGAAGCUGUAACUUUUUUUCUCUUAUUUACUUCGCGAAUUGAUUGUAUUUUGUGGGGGGGUUAGUUCUCUUCCCUUUACUCGGAAAACAUGUUCUGUGCAGGACGAGCAGGAUUUGAUGUGAUAAUAGUUUAUGGACUCUGUUCAAAAAAACUUUAGGGUCAUUCCCUGCGGUCAUUAGGUACAAAUGUCAUUAUCAAGCUUGAUUAAGUGUCAUUAUCAAGAGUGAUUACUAGAUCAUGUUGCUUGGCCUAUUGUUUGAGAUCAUACCAUCUUGAAUUUAAGUAUAUAGGGUCUUUUUAUUUGUU